CAGAGACCUAGUUCUUUCUCAGGUUGAGCCUGGGAAAUUCCCAGUCCACUGGCUCAGGUCUGGCCAGCAUCCCAGAUGACCAGCUGUGCAAGAGAGGGUUCCUGUCAUAUCUCUCAGAUUGCUGAAGGGAUGUUCUCCAGGGCAGGCGGGGCCGAGGGUGCUUAGAGCUCAUUCUAGUUUCCCUUAACCCAUUCUUAGGUGAGUGCCAGUGUUCUAGAAAGGUGAGAGACUUCUAAGUUCUAGAAUGACCCCCCUUCCCUCCUGACCAGAUCAGUCCUGUGCAUUAGAACAGCACCUUGUACAUCAGCUGGGAAUAAAUUGUCUUGCAUCGGCUCUCUCCCCUGCACUUUCUGGCUUCCUGUACUGGUUGUUUGAACCUUUCUUUAUGUAGCAGCCUCCUCUCAGCAGUGCUUUCUAAAAAGCCACAGAUCUUUGGUGUCCUGGGCUUUGCCCUGGCCCCUCAAGACCCUCCUUCCUACAAGCAUGAGUCUGGCCCACACCACUGUGCUCCUGUGUGCCUGGGGCAGUCUCCAGGCCUUUGAAAUCGUGGAGAAGGAGAACAUCUUUCAGAGGACGCCCUGCCCGGCUUUCCUGAUGUUUGAUAACGCUGCCUAUCUGGCUGACAUGAGCUUUGAGCUUCCCUGCCACUGCAAACCUGAGGAUGUUUCAACUGUGGUCUGGUAUUACCAGAAGCACCUGGGGAGCAGCCACACCGUCGUGCUUACUGACUUCGAUGGGCGGUUGCUCACAGAGGCAGCUCAUGUUCGAGUAGGCAGCAGCAUGCUGGUCCGCUUCAGCAUCCGCAUGUUCAGCCUGUUGGUUUUCCGGGCUCAGUCAGAGGACUCAGGCCUAUAUUUUUGUGGCACCCGUAAGGGGGACUAUUUUUAUGCCUAUGAUGUGGACAUCCAAAGUCAUGAGGGAAUGGUAGCCACCUUCAAGGACAAGGGCCAGGAGCCAUUGCCAGAUGAAUACUACGGAAGCCUCCAUGUCUUUACUACCUUCUGGGAGUGGACCCCCUGUGACCGCUGUGGAGUGCAUGGGGAACAGUGGCGCCUUGGACUCUGCUACCUGCAGAACCCUGGUCUCUCCCCUCGAUACCUGAAGACACUGCCCGAUGUUGUGUCCUGUGGCUCUCGGGCUGUGCCAAGGAAACUGCGCGUCAAGACCAGGUACCACACACCUGAGCUGCUGAUCCAGAGCUGCCUAGUGUCCUGUGAGAAGAAGACUCAGGUCCAGAAGGGUGUGCUAACAAUCUACAACUAUGUGUCCAAGCUGGGCAGCCGGCCCUGGCUGUCUCAGGUGCCCAUUCAAUUCCAUCAGCAGAGGCUAGGUCAUGGCCUCAUCAUCUCCUGUCCCGGGGCCAGGCCAGAGCAUGCUGUGGCCUGGGACAAAGACCAUCAGCCCCUCUACCGCACACAGUACCUAAAAGGUGUCAACAGAUCCAUGAGAGUGUUCAUCGACCAUGGCAACCAUCUCCACAUCCGCUUCACCCAGCUGAGUGACCGGGGCAUCUAUUACUGUUGGCGGCAAGGGUUGAGGAUCGCUGGCUUCCGGUUGGGAGUAACAUCUCGAGGACGCUACCCAGCCUCGCUCUCAGACCCUGAGACUCGCACUGCUGUGGAACUCACCCUGGUAGCCUACCUGCUCAUCACGGCCGUCUUUGUCACCAUUCACGUCUGUCGUUGCUGUUGCUACUCAUUUCGCCAUUGUCCCAACUUCUCAGCCCAUCCCCUUCUCCAGCUGUGAAAACCAGUUGUGUUUUAAUAUGUUUGUUAAAUGAUA